CCCCUCCCUAUUUAUAAACCAAAUGACCUCGUUAUUGGCCGCCAAAAGAAACCCCAUUUGCAUAUAUGUACAUAUGUUAGAAUCCCGACCCACUUAGCAUCAAAAAGAAAUCGCCCAUUCAUAAAUGAGAUUCAUUCACAGAAAAAACAGGAGCAUCUCGAUGAACCCUCAAUGGAGAUAGCGCUGUUCCAGAGCUUUAACCAGUUGACUUGGCACAUUUGGCACCAGUGGGAAACUUGCUUUCCGAGCUUCAACAUGGCACUGGGACUGGUGAUUCUGCUGGCAGUCCUUCUGGCCACCGCCUAUGUGGCCCUGCAGUAUCAUUACUCCUACUGGCGGCGAGUGGGUGUCCGUGAGAUCAAGCCCCAGUGGAUAGUGGGCAACCUGAUGGGACUGCUCAACAUGCAGAAGAGUCCGGCGGAGUUCAUAUCCCAGCUGUACCAGCAUCCCGAGGCGGAGAACGAACCGUUCGUGGGCAUCCAUGUGUUCCAUAAGCCGGCUCUGCUGCUGAGGGACCCCGUUUUGGUCCGGAAUAUCCUGGUCAAGGACUUCGGGGGAUUCUCCAAUCGGUACUCGAACUCCGAUCACAAGGCCGAUCCCUUGGGGUCACAGAACAUAUUCUUCCUGAAGAAUCCCGCCUGGAAGGAGGUGCGGCUGAAGCUCUCGCCCUUCUUCACCGGAAAUCGACUGAAGCACAUGUUCCCGCUGAUCGAGGAGGUGGGCGCCAGCCUGGAUGCUCAUCUUCGCCAGCAGCCGCUGCACAACGAGCGCAUACGCUGCUUCGACUUGGAGGCCAAGGAGCUGUGUGCCCUGUACACCACGGAUGUGAUAGCCACUGUGGCGUACGGAGUAAAAGCAAAUAGUUUCACGGAUCCAAAUGGGGAGUUCCGGCGGCAUGGAAGAUCCGUCUUCGAGUUCAGCCUCUUGCGGGCGGCGGAGUUCACCCUGGUGUUUUUCCUGCCCCACCUGGUGCCCUUGUUCGGUUUCAAAGUGGUUCCGGCGGAGGCCACACGAUUUCUGCGCAAGACCAUCAACUACGUGAUGACGGAGAGGGAGAAGUCCGGACAGAAACGCAACGAUCUGAUCGACAUCCUCAUCGAGUUCCGACGCAGCACGCAGCAGGCGAAGGCUUCGGGCAUCAAGGAUCAGUUCGUGUUCGAAGGCGACAUCCUGGUGGCCCAGGCCGUGCUGUUCUUCACCGCCGGCUUCGAGUCCUCCUCCUCCACGAUGGCGUUUGCCAUGUACGAGUUGGCCAAGGAUGCGGACGUGCAGGAGAGAUUGAGGGCGGAAAUCAGCAAUGCUCUGACUGAAAGUGGUGGUCAGGUGACGCUCAAAAUGAUCGAGUCGCUGGAGUACAUGCAGAUGAUCCUGCUGGAGGUGUUGCGAAUGUAUCCCCCGUUGCCUUUUUUGGACCGCGAGUGCACCUCCGGAACAGGUCAGUCGCUGGCUCCGUUCCACAACUUCGUGGUGCCCAAGGGUAUGCCCGUCUACAUUCCUUGCUACGCCCUGCACAUGGAUCCCCAGUACUUCCCCCAACCGCGAAAGUUCCAGCCGGAACGCUUCUCGGCUGAAAACAGGAAGCUGCACACGCCGUACACCUACAUGCCCUUUGGCCUCGGUCCGCAUGGAUGCAUCGGAGAACGGUUCGGCAUGCUCCAGACGAAGGUGGGUCUGGUGAACUUGCUGCGCAACCACCUAAUAGCCACAUCGGAACACCCCCAUCGGAUGCAACUGGAGCCCAAGGCCAUUAUCACCCAGGCCAAGGGGGGAAUCCACCUGCGAUUGGUCCGCGAUCCUUUGGGGGUCUAACUCACCUGGACAAGAUGUGGAUAGUUUUUGGAGUUUUUUUUUCGAGUUUUUUUUGGGAGCAAUGCAGCCCACAACCACUGAGCGAUAACUGAGCCGUAGAGUCGCGUGUUUUGGGAUUUAAAAUUGAGCUGGUGUCGCAUCUUGAAGGCAAUUUGAUUGACGAAUUGCGUGCUUUAUCACCAAAGCAAUGAGCUGCAGUGCCUAAGGCCUAGAACAUUAGUCAUACUUACAAAUAUAUCAUUCUGGAUAUAUACCUAUAUAUUCACUACUUACUCCCUGAUCUUAACUAAACCAGCCAUUAGGUUAUGGUUACAUUUCGAAAAUGCAUUUGCAUUUCAUUCCCUGUAAAGUAUAUUAAAUGUAUUUAUUGGUGGCGUAAUUUUAUAGAUCCCCCCCACCUCCCGAUUCACAGAUUAAAAGUAAUUUGAUAAUGAUUUUGUUUUUUG